AUGCGGCGGUUCCUGGCCGAUUCCCCCUGUAUCUCCGAUAUCAGAACAGGGGACUAUGAUGGAUCAAUUUCUUUCACAUUCGCAGCACCUGCGGCAGGCCUCACCCUUGAUCUCCAGGCCAUAGUAUCAGACUCUCACGAUUAUCCCAAGGACCAUGGAUUUCUGGCCUUCUCGUCGUCCGAGGACUGUCCUAAGACAGUCACCUCCUCCCUAGAAAACGCAAUUCCCCGUUUCACAGGUUUAACCAUUCACAACUUGUUGAGCAACAUCGAGAACAUUAUCACCGAUUUUAUUGUUGAUCCUGAUUCGGCACCCGGUCACUCAGAGGACCCGGGCACUCAUGACUUCAACGACGAUGAGUCGCUGCCCAGUGACACGGAGUCUGACUGGGAGACUGCUGAUAAAAAUGGAAUAUUCACGUUCACUCAAAGUGAGACUGAAUUGCGAGAGAAGAUUCGCCGUGACCUUCGUGCGGCCAAGAACGCGGGAUUCAAAGUGGGAUACCUUGGGUUAAAAUAUGGCACCAUCAUUGUGUCAGUGUCCUGCCGCAUUUCCAAGCUUGGCAUUUCUGAGGAAGCUAUGAAUGCCUGGACCGUUGAGCCCUCGGAGUACUUGGUCUUGCUAAUCCGUUAUCGGCCGACCUACCUUGAUCUCCAAACAAUAGUCGAGACAGCAGGUGAUCCGAAGGACAUCCCAGUUCAAAUGCAUGUUGGCCUCUGUGAUUCAUAUAAGCCAUCCUUUGCGCACGCCAUGGAAGCAAUACAAGGGUCACAGGAACAAAAGAUGAAAGGCGAGAGUGCAACUUCAGACAAAACAAUGUGUGGUCAUUUCCUCAAGCCUCUGUUCAUUGGAAAAUCGCUCAAUUUACUUCUCGAAGAGCGACUACUUCAGAUCAUCAAUCUUCGGCUGAAAUAUGGGUUUUCAUGGACGGGGGCAGAGCUUUUCUUCCAGACCAACCAAGGCAGAACCUAUCUCAGCUCUGAUAUCUCUUCCGAGAAGUACUGUCAGUUGGACAGUUGGGCGACUUCAACUCCAGAAAUCCUUGUGGCUGACCACAUGACUGAACUGGGUCGCAAUAUCUCCAAUAUGUCUUUGCCUCUUCUUACUAUGCAGUUUACGCUGCGGCAUUUUAUCAAGUGCACAGAAUUCUGCCUGGUCUGUCACUGCAAAACUGGCGAUACCUUCGAGUCACUGAAGCCCUAUGUCUGCUCUAACGCGUUGUGCCUAUAUCAAUACAUGGCGCUGGGCUUGGGCCCAAGUCUUGAAUAUGAGAUCAAAUCCCAACCCUUUGUCGUUGACUUGUUGACAAGCCUGGCAUACUCGAGGGCUUUAGCGGGGCUCCUUGAAGACUUCCCGACUGGCCUUCGGCUGCGUGUACCCGAGAAAUUGCUCCCUCAAAAAAACCCAGAUCUUACUAAAUAUCAUGCUGGGCAAUUUGAUGCAGUCAAUCUUGAAAUUUGUUUAAAUCAGCCGGCUCCAGUCAAAGUGGGUGAUUGGAUUGUAAUCAUUAUUACGGUCCCAAAGGCAGAAGAAUGGCACUGUCGCGUUGAACACGUUGGUGAGACCUCAAACCAUAUUCGCAUCUCAUCCCCAAUUAGUAAAGGUCAUCAAUUGCAGCCAAAAGACCUGCGAGAUUCGUCCCGGGAAGUGAAAUUUGUUGUUUACGACACCAAUCUGGACCAUUUGGAACCCGUGCAAAAACAGCAGAUGAUUUCUUGUCUAUUGGGUAUGCUCCCUAGUAUCGAGGAAAUGAAAGCCUUCAUCGGAAGCCACGAAAGGGGCAGGCUUCUUUCGUCUUGGAAAGACGUCAUAUCUCCCGCUGGAUUGGACCUUUUACGCUGGGUUGUAGCCUCGAAUCGAUCUUUCAUCAAGCAAGAUGUUGAUGAGCCUCUGCAUCAGGUAGUUGGAAUGAGCGGUUAUAUCCAAUUCAGACUUGUUCAAGGUGCUGCUGACAAAGAGCAGCGCUUUAUCAACGCUGUCAAUUCCAAUUCCUUGGCCCCGAACCCAAAUCAUCCUACGAUAUUCGCUUGGCAUGGCAGCCCUGUGAAUAACUGGCACAGUAUUCUACGUGAGGGUUUUCAUUUCAAGCAAAUUCUCCAUGGCCGCGCCUGUGGUCAUGGCGUUUACAUGUCGAACCACUUCGGUACCUCAUUGGGAUACGCAGGCACAUAUAUUCUUCACACAUGGUCCGAGACUCGACUGAAGCUCUUGACUGUGAUUUCUCUGAAUGAGGUGGUCAAUGCUCCCCUUGAGUUUGUGAACCACAGCCCACACUACGUCGUGCAACACUUGGAUUGGAUCCAACCAAGGUAUCUUUUCGUCAAGCUCCAAAAUUUCAAUGUACCUGGCAAGGCAGGGAGAACAGGUGGAUAUGCGCACGAGAUCAUGCUAAAGGGCUCCAAAUCCCAGUCAUCAUCUCCCAAAAACGAUAAAAGGCUUACAUACAAACAAGAUCGGCGUUACCUGGCUUUUGGUCCCGACGGAAAAUCGAUCGAAAUUCCCAUUUCGAUAUUUAGCGGCCAACGGGGACAAUUUCUUGGUACUGCUGGAGAAACAGGGCUUGCAGACCUUGCGCCGUCACCAAAGAGACGCAGAUAUUCAGUUGAAAAUACUAAACAACAUGACGACGUUGACGACGACAACGUUAGCAUUGAGACGACCAUUGAGGAUCUCAGCAUUCUUUUAUCCGACGAUGAAAUGUCUGAAAGUCCCUCAGGUCCCAGCAUGCAAGAAGGAGCUACCCCAGAACCUGGCCUGAAAACCGAUUUCAGACCCGGAACCCUUCAGAACAGUACUUUGCCAACACUUUCUUCGCCCCAGUUUGCGACAACCUCAGCCACAAAAGUCCUACAACAACAUCUCCAGGCUACUAUUAAAAUCCAGAAGCGAGUGCCACUCCACGAACUCGGAUGGUACGUCGACCCCAGCUUGAUCAGAACAGUUUACCAAUGGGUCGUGGAGCUACACACGUUUGAUCCAUCCCUCCCACUAGCCCAAGACCUCAAAGCCAUCAACCAAAAAAGCGUCGUCUUGGAGCUCCGCUUCCCUCCACAGUUUCCCAUGGAUCCACCUCUUGUGCGGGUGAUCCGCCCUCGUUUCCUCGAGUUCGCCGCUGGAGGCGGCGGCCACGUUACCGCCGGUGGGUCUAUGUGCAUGGAACUGCUUACACACUCGGGCUGGCUACCGACAGCUUCAAUUGAGAGUGUGUUAUUGCAGGUUCGCAUGGCUAUUACCAACACCGAGCCAAGACCCGCGCGUCUGAAUCUAACCGCAAAUUUCAAGGACUAUUUUGUGGGUGAGGCGGUGGAAGCCUACAGAAGAGUUGCGUUGGCGCAUGGAUGGCAGAUCUCGAAGGAUAUCCAGCAACUUGCCUGGUGA